AUGCAUAGGAUGAAGCAGCGCGCGCUGCACGCCUGGCCAUGGUUGUGGCUGUGGCUGUUCGCGGCCACGGCAGGCUCUCCGUCUUCCGACUACCCCGUGCCGACGACUCUUCUGCCACUACGUGGCGGCGGGGAUGGAGGCGCGGGAAAUGACGACGGUGAUGGCAAUGGUAGCGGCGAUUCAAUGAAGCCAUCGAUCUCGUCAAUCGACACCGCGACGACUUUGCCGAUCACGCUUGACACGAGUUUUUCUUCGGAACCCGAGUUCCGUUUCACGCAAUCUCUGUACAACGUCUCCAUUCCUGAAAAUUCCAUCGGUAAAACAUAUGUCGUGCCCGAGGAGAGAAUGGGCAUACAGCUCGCGUCCGCUGACAGUGACAUUGACGUAAAGUUUCGCAUAAUGAGCGGUGAUCGCGAGAAGUUCUUUAAAACAGAGGAGCGCACGGUCGGCGAUUUUUGCUUCCUCCUGAUAAGGACUCGAACCAGCAAUGUCGAUGUGCUGAAUCGCGAACGCAAAGACCGAUAUGUGCUCGUAGUGCGUGCCACCUGGAGUAAACGCGACAGUAGAAACAGAGCGAUCUUGCUCGAAGCGGACACCACGGUGGUAGUAACGAUUCUCGACACAAACGAUCUCAAUCCACUGUUCUAUCCGAUCGAGUACGAAACCACCGUGACGGAGGACACGCCUUUGCAUCGCAGCAUACUCAGGGUAAUCGCCGAGGACGCCGAUCUCGGCAGAAACGGCGAGAUUUACUAUAGCUUCGCCGAGGAAACCGAUCAAUUCGCCGUUCAUCCGGUCAGUGGCGUAAUAACGCUCACAAGACCGCUCAGGUACGCGGAACGCGCUAUACAUGAGCUGGUAGUCCUAGCGAAGGAUCGCGGUGCUUUGUUUCGCAGCGCAGGUAGUAGCCGCGCGAGCACCGCCAAAGUCACGAUCAGGGUACGACAGGUGAACCUGUACGCACCCGAGAUUUAUGUGCAUCAGUUGCCCGAUAUUGUCGAGAAUUCAAAUGCCGAUAUCUACGCGAUUGUGCGAGUGAUCGACCGUGACGACGGCGUGCACGGCCAAAUUGCGAGCCUCGACAUUGUGGGCGGUGAUCCGGCCGGUCACUUCAGGGUACGUCCGGCCGGCGGGUCACGCUCCGGCGAGUACAACAUCGAGGUACUGCACCUGCUUGAUCGCGAGACUGCGUUACAGGGUUACAAUCUCACCCUGCGCGCCAUGGACCGCGGGGUGCCGCAGCGAUACAGCUACAAAUUUGUACCGGUGCACUUGGUCGACGUGAACGAUAAUGCCCCGGUGUUCAGUCGUGAGAUCUACGAAGUCAAGGUACCGGAAACGGCGCCCAUCAACACGCCGAUCAUAAGACUUAAGGUCACAGAUGCCGACGAAGGAAAGAACGCAUUGGUAUAUCUCGAGAUAGUCGGCGGCAAUGAGGGUGGAGAGUUUUACGUGAACGCCGAGACUGGUAUGUUGUACACCGCUGUCAAUCUGGAUGCCGAAAAGAAAGCAUUUUACACGCUGACGGUUUCGGCGAUCGAUCAAGGCAACGCCGGCACCAGAAAACAAUCCUCGGCAAAGGUGAAAAUUAACGUAGUCGACACCAACGACAACGAUCCAAUCUUCGACCAGUCGGAAAUGGAGGUGAUGAUAGACGAGAAUGAACCGGCUGGCACGUCCGUUGUGCGAGUUACCGCGAAAGAUCGCGACUCCGGCGAAAAUGCCUACAUAUCUUAUAGCAUCGAUAACCUCAAGAAAGUGCCGUUUGAAAUUGAUCAUUUCUCCGGUAUCGUCAAGACCAAACAGGUGCUCGACUAUGAGACCAUGAAGCGGGAGUAUUUACUGCACGUGCGGGCCAGCGAUUGGGGCCUGCCCUAUCGACGUCAGGCGGAGAUGCAAUUACGAGUGAAGUUGCGGGACGUGAACGACAAUCGACCGCAGUUCGAACGAAUCGAUUGCAGCGGUCACGUGCCGCGAUACGUGACGAUCAGCUCUGAGAUCAUCACCGUGUCCGCGAUCGACUUCGACGCCGGGAACAUCGUCAGUUACCGCAUAGUGUCUGGCAAUUCCGAUAAUUGUUUCGCUCUCGACUCAGCCAGCGGUGUUCUCUCAGUCGCUUGCGAUCUGUCGGACGUCAAGACGGCCGAGAGAACUGUCAACGUUACCGCCACUGAUGGUACACACUUUGCGGAUGUCAAUCCCGUGCACAUACAUCUUGUGAAUGCUAAACGGAAUCUGGGCUCAGCGAGACUCCUGACAGAUGAAACCGGUGCUUUCAAAUGUCACGACACCGGCGUGGCGCGUAGAUUGACGGACGCGAUCGCCUCGGCAGAGAAGAACAACAUGCCGUCGCGGGAUGACGAGUACACCUUAAUACCGAGUCGUUACGGUGAGAACGUGCACGCGCCCGAGUUCAUCGAUUUUCCGAAUGAGAUACGAGUCAAUGAAUCUCUCAAGCUCGGCACGAUUCUCGUGCAAAUACGCGCUCGUGAUCGUGACCUCGAUUAUAAUGGCAAGCUUGUCUUCGUCAUAUCUAGUGGUGACCGCGACUCCGUCUUUGGCAUCGAUCCGGAUACCGGUGACUUGAACACGAUCGGUUAUCUGGACCGCGAGCGGGAGAAUGAGUAUUAUCUGAAUAUAAGUGUAUUCGAUCUGGGCAAACCGCAGAAAUCCGCCUCGAAGAUGCUACCGAUCACUAUUUUGGACGUCAACGACAACGCCCCCAAGUUUGAGAAAUCAUUGGCAAGUUUCAGAAUCUCCGAGACUGCGCUGAAUGGCACUAAUGUAUGGCGCGCUAACGCCACUGACGCUGAUCUCGGUGACAACGCUCAAGUCACUUACUCUCUUGUGACGGAAACCAAUGACUUCCGUGUGGAUCCUGUGACGGGUGUACUGAGCGUCUUCGGCAAGCUCGACAGGGAACGACAGGAGAUAUACGAGCUGAGGAUUCGCGCGCGUGAUAAUAGCAACGAUACACCACCUUUGCAUUCGGACGCACUCGUCAGGGUAACAGUCGAUGAUGUCAACGACAACGCGCCCACCUUCGCGCUAUCGAAUUACAACGUCAAGAUCCGCGAAGAUGUGCCGAUAUGGACCGUCGUGGCCGUUGUUGAUGCCACGGAUCCCGAUGAAGGCGCGGGUGGCGAUGUAGAAUACUUUCUGUCGGACGCAAUGGAGAGCGAGGGUUUCUUCAAGGUUGACAAAGUGUCGGGCACAGUGAGAACGACUCAGAGUUUGGACUUUGAGGAACGACAGGUGCACACGCUGACGAUAGUCGCGCGCGAUCGCGGUGAGCCGUCCUUGUCUUCCGAGACGAUGCUCGUGAUCGAGGUGAUUGACGUGAACGAGAACCUUUAUACGCCAGUCUUCGAUGACUUUGUCGUGUCCGCGAGUGUCUUCGAAAAUCAACCCAUUGGCACCCUCGUCACUACUGUUCGAGCCAAGGACGCAGAUCCCCCCGGCGGAGAUUCAAGGAUCGGAUACAGUAUUCGUGGAGGCGACGGCGUCGGAAUUUUCUCCAUCGAUAAUGAAGGAAACAUCAGGACCAAGGCGGUGCUCGAUGUCGAGACGAAAAGGGGAUACUGGUUAACCAUUUACGCCCAGGAUCACGGAGUGGUUCCGUUGAGUUCGAGUCUACAAGUCUAUGUCGAAGUGCUGGAUGAGAAUGAUAACACGCCGCUGACCGAGCUGCCAGUUUAUUAUCCAUCCGUGGCCGAGAACUCGCCUGCCAGCGUGAGUGUCCUGCAAAUCCGCGCCUUUGAUCACGACGUCUCGCCCCAGCAAUUCGUCUUCACCAUCAGCAGCGGCAAUCCGGAGGGAUAUUUUCUCAUCAACUCCACCACCGGUCUCAUCAGCACCAGUGGUAGGAAGCUCGAUCGUGAGAAUCAAGCGGAGCACGUGUUGGAGGUGACAGUGAGAGACAACGGCAGGCCGCCUUUGUCAUCGACUACAAGAGUCGUCAUCACAGUAGCGGAUAUUAAUGAUCAUGGCCCUGAAUUCGAGCAAAAAUUCUACACGGUCCAGAUUCCGGCGUCGCCGGCGAACGACAAGCCACUCUUUCAGAAAUCGAGGAACCGCUCGCGGGAGUUCGACCUUUCGAUCGAUACGUUACUAGAGAACGGGACUUGGGAGACAUUUAGCCCCGACACCUUGUCAGGAGAUCGAAUCUUCAGGGUUCUUGCAUACGACCAAGAUAUUGGUGACAAUGGAAAAAUCCAGUAUAGUAUCAAAGGCGGUCGAGGAAAGGGCAAAUUUAAAAUUCAUCCCACCACGGGAAUGGUGUUCUCUCAACGUGGAUUUGAGGCUGGUCAAGAAUAUGAAAUGAUGAUACGAGCAACCGAUCACGGUGAGCCUCAGCGCAGUCAUCAGACCCGAGUUUCUGUUCAAGUUGUGGAGGCGCCGAAGGAAUCAGAGAACCCUCCAGUAUUCAAAACAAACAAUCAAAGCGUAGAAGUCACGGAGAGCGACGAGGCGGGCUUUUUAGUCGCCCUCGUUCAAGCCAACGACAAAGACGGUGAUUCUCUGUGGUACGAUAUUUUAGAUGGCGAUAAGCGCGACGAGUUUUUCAUCGGUCGCGACAAUGGUAACGUGCUGCUUGCAAAGAAGCUGGAUUGGGAAACCCAAAAUUUUUACAAUCUUACGAUCGGCGUAACCGACGGUGUGCACACAACACUGACGCAGCUACUUGUUACAGUGAUCGACAUCAACGAUCACCGACCAGAAUUUACUGAAGCCACAUAUCGCGUCGACAUCUCAGAGAAUGUCGAGAAGGGCGAGAAAAUCCUGCAAUUGCACGCGACUGAUGAGGACGAGGAUAAGAAAGUCUUCUACAGCCUGCACGCGGCACAGACUCAGGCCUCACUUGAGAUCUUCCACGUGGACUCGGUUUUGGGUUCGAUUACGUUGAACGAACCUCUCGAUCGGGAGACCAUCGAGGAGCACGUGCUGACGGUGAUGGUCAAGGAUCAGGGCACGCCAGCCAAGCGCAACUACGCUCGAGUAAUCGUCACCGUGCACGACCACAACGAUCAUGCGCCCGAGUUUAUCAGCGAGAUCAUUCAGGGAAAGGUAUACGAGAGCUCGCCAAUUGGAACAGCGGUGGUACAGGUAUGUGCGAUUGAUCGGGAUCGUGGAGAGAACGCCAAGAUUACAUACUCGAUCACAUCCGGAAAUGUCGGCAAUGUGUUCACCAUCGAUCCGGAUCUCGGUUUUAUCCGCGUCGCACGCGAGCUCGACCUCAGCAUCUCCUCCGAGUACAUCCUUCUCGUGAAGGCGACCGAUCACGGUUCUCCCACGUUGGCGAACACCGUGCCGGUACAUGUGAUGGUGACAAUGGCAGAUAACGCGCCGCCGCGCUUCAUCCAAAAGGAGCUGUCUGCGGAGAUAUAUGAGAACCAACAGCUUGGCACGUACGUGAAACAUGUGGAGGCGCGGAGUACGUCAUCGUUACAGUUCGAGAUCGUGCGCGGCAAUCGCGACGAUACCUUCUUCGUGAAUCCAAGCACCGGUGUGAUAGUCAUCAAGAAUGAGCUGGACUACGAAAAAACUAAAUUCUUCAAUUUGACGGUGUCGACUACAAACAUGGCUGGCGCUUCGGCCACCUGCAAUGUCAUCAUUCAUGUGCUCGACAGAAAUGACAACGCGCCGCGUUUCCUGCAGGCUCAGUACAGCGGUGAAAUUAGCGAAGGUGCUAGCAUCGGUUCUCUUGUGUUGACUAACACGAGCGCACCAUUAGUCAUCAAGGCCGAAGAUGCGGAUUCCGAGUUAAACGCGCUGCUUAAUUAUGAUAUUGUCGAGGAUUUACCGCGAAAGUACUUCCACAUAGAUUCCAGCACCGGUGCUAUACGCACAGUUAUGCUGCUAGACCACGAGACUAUACCGAUGUUCUCGUUUCACGUAAAGGUCUCAGAUUUAGGCAAGCCAAAACUCUCAUCCGAGACCACUGCCAAAGUGAUGAUAGCUGUGACAGAUGUUAACGAUUGUCCGCCCAAGUUCUCCAAGACUGAUUAUAAUGUCACGCUUCUGCUGCCGACGUAUAAGAACGUCGCUGUCACUCGGGUUAACGCCGUGGAUCCUGACAGCUCCGAGGGAGUCGCGUUGAGAUAUGACAUCAUCGAUGGGAAUAAGGCUCACACCUUUGAUAUAGAUGCCCAGAGUGGCAUUAUUACGGUCCAUAAUCCCGAUCGUAUGAAGAAGAACUAUCUUCUCCACGUGCGAGUGUCAGAUGGCAAGUACUCGAGCGUGGCGCAGGUGAACGUGAUAGUAGAAAAAUCGGAGAAUUCUGGUUUGAUCUUCCAAAAGAAUGUCUAUGAAGGUGCCAUCUUGGAGAACUCCACGAAGAUUACAACCGUAGUGGUAGUAAACGUCCUUGGUAGUUCAUUGAAUGAGCACAUUAUAUUCAGCAUUCUUAAUCCCACCGACAUGUUUGUCAUCGGAUCAACUUCCGGAGCGAUCAGAACCAAUGGCAUACGAUUCGAUCGAGAAGUGUGCGAUCACUACGAAUUAAUCGUCGAGGCGAAAAGCCAUCCGCCGGAUCGAGAGAAGCCCAGGGUAGCUCACGUCAUAGUGAACGUCACUAUACUUGACAUCAACGACAAUUGUCCGAUGUUCGUUAAUUUACCUUACUAUGCUGUAGUUUCCGUCGACGCUCAAAAAGGCGACAUCAUUACAAAGGUUCAUGCGAUAGACAUGGAUAGUGGCGAUAAUGGCGAAGUGAGAUAUGAAUUAAAAAAGGGUCACGGAGAACUCUUCAAGGUGUGCCGGAAAACCGGUGAAAUAUCAUUAAAGCAGAAUCUUGAAGGUCACAAUCGCGAAUACCAGCUUACAAUCGCCGCGUACGAUGGCGGAAUAACGCCUUGCUCGAUUGAGGUGCCAGUCAACGUGAAGGUGAUAGAUCGUUCGAUGCCGGUAUUUGACAAGCAAUUCUAUACGGAUAGCGUGCUCGAGAGUAUAGAAGUGCAUUCACCUCUGGCGUUAUCCAUUCAAGCUGAGUCACCUCUAAAUCGCAAACUCAUAUACAGCAUUACUAAGGGCAAUGAUUUUGAGGAGUUCGCCCUGGACUUCAACACGGCCCCUGACAGUAACAAUGGUCCUUGUGUAAUCUAUGUGGUGGAUGAACUGGAUUAUGAGCAAAAGAAGCAGUAUGAGCUGACCGUACGCGCCACCGACAGUGUAUCAGGCGUUUACGCAGAGGUACUCGUCAGCAUCCUCGUCCUGGACGUGAAUGAUUGCCCGCCCGAAUUCACGCAGGAUUCCUACAACAUCUCGGUGUCGGAGGCGGCGGUAUUUGGGACCCCUGUCUUGCGAGUGAGCUCCAGAGACAAUGACACAGGCAUUAAUCAACAAGUUCGUUACGCUAUUCAAAAUGACACCGAGGACAGCACGGAUCUCUUCCACAUCGAUCCUGAUGAGGGUGUGAUAUUUCUCAAGCGAUCUUUAGAUCAUGAGAGUCACGAGUCCCAUCACUUCACCGUGAUUGCCAUGGAUCGCGGCGUGCCGAGUCUGUCGAGUACGGCGCACGUCUGGAUGAGCGUGAUCGAUAUGAAUGACAACCCGCCCAAGUUCGAGCAGCCCUCAUAUACCUGUUUCCUAUCGGAGCAUGCCGAACGUGGUCAAUUUGUGACAGUGGUCACAGCCAGCGAUCCCGACUACGUCGAUGAAAAGUUGACAUACAUCAUCGUAGGUGGGAACGAACAGCAGACGUACAAUAUCGACCAGUCGACCGGCAUCAUCUCGCUGAUAAAUAUGCAGAACUUUGGCGAGCAAAAGCUCAGCAUGCUCAAUGUAUCUGUCACCGAUGGUGUCUACACCAGCUUCACUCGCGUCAAGAUCGAGAUUCUGCCCGCGAAUAGGCACAAUCCGAAAUUCCCGAACCCGAUAGUCGAAGUAACCGUCCUGGAGAACCAACUGCCUGGUAGACUGGUCACCAGCGUGCUGGCCGUGGAUGAAGACUUCGGCGAAUACGGUACAGUAACAUACGCGAUAAUGUCAGAGAUGAUGAAGGAGAUAUUUGAGAUAAACAAGCUCACCGGCGAGAUAGUAACACGUAAGAAGCUUGAUAGGGAAGAACAGAAGCGCUAUGAAAUACCAGUUAUGGCGACGGACGGCGGCGGUAGAUCCGGAUUCGUGAUGGUGCGAAUUAAGAUCGGCGAUGAGAAUGAUAAUGCGCCGGUAUUCCUACUUAGAGAAUACAAAGCGACCAUUCAGGGCAAUCUGUCUCUGAAUACACCCUUCUUAAAAAUCAGGGCACAAGACGCGGAUGAGGAUGAGGCAGCCAAGAUCGUUUAUUCCAUCUACGAACCGCAAACGUCAUCAGCUAGAUCUCUGCUUGGUAUAAAUCCCGAUACAGGAUCUCUUUAUCUGCAAAAGAGCGCUAUGCCGUGGGAAAAUCAAUUAUUCGAGCUCUUUAUUCGUGCGGAGGACAAAGGCUUGACUACGCAUCAUGCCGAUGUACCGCUAAGUAUCUAUAUAAUGAGCUCCCACGAUGUCCCGCCUCUGUUUGAGCGAAAAGAAGAUAAAUUCUUUGUAAGAGAGGACUCUUCCGUCGGUACACCGAUCACGAAACUCAAGACCGUCACAAACAGCACUGUAACAUAUCGUAUAGUAUCCGGCGAUGAAGAUAAUCCGCUCUUUACGAUUGACUCUCACGGCCAGAUUACUCUAGCAAAACCAUUGGAUCGAGAAUUGAAAGAUAGUCAUUUAAUCGGGGUUCUCGCUGAAACGGAUUCUAGUCCACCGCUCACAGCUCUCGCUGAGAUCACUCUUCAGGUACUGGAUGAGAAUGAUCACGCGCCAAAAUUCGAAAGCAAUCCCUAUGCGAUUAGUUUAGCCGAAAACAUCGAGGAGGGAACGUCGAUACUCAAAGUUAUUGCGCAUGAUAAAGAUCUCGGUAGCAAUGGCGAGGUACGUUACUCCUUUGGAUCUGACAUAGGAGAAUUAGCGAACGUUUUUACAGUGGACGCUUAUACCGGUUGGAUAUCAACAUUAGUACAACUCGACAAGGAAAAGCAGCCGGAAUAUAAGUUUCAGGUGGUUGCUACUGACAAUGGAAAUCCAAAACAUUUCGCGAGGACGUCAGUACACGUCAAGUUAAAAGAUUAUAACGAUAAUGCACCCGCAUUCGUUGACGAUCGUUAUGAGGCUACGGUGAACGAAGACGCUUUACCAGGAACGGUUGUGGUAAAACUGAUCACCGUCGACAAAGACACAGAUGUUAACGCGCCGAUAGAAUUUUAUAUAACAUCAGGCGAUUCUAGAUCACAAUUUCAAAUCAGGUCUACCGGCGAAGUGUACGUAGCAAAAUCCUUGGAUAGAGAGACUAUUGAUCGUUACGAGCUUCAAAUCGUUGGUACAGAUGGAAAAUACGUUUUUGAGACAAAAGUAACGGUGCAAAUCCUGGAUGUUAACGAUAAUCCACCAUAUUGCCUCAGAUACCGUUACAGAGAGAUACUUUCCGAGGGCUCGCAUCCUGGUGCCUAUGUCUUGACUGUAUUGGCCACCGAUUACGACGACGAGCCGAAUGCUAAACUACGAUUUUAUUUAACCGGCGACAAUAACGACAAAUUUUCGUUAGAUAAGGAAACCGGCGUGUUAAAAACCGUCGGGCAACUUGAUCGAGAGACUCAAGCCAAAUAUUCCUUAACAGCCCACGUACAAGAUCGAGAUAAACCUACUUGGGAAUGUUCAUCGCAACUGGAGAUUCUCGUUUCCGAUCUCAAUGACAACGCGCCGAAAUUCACUAUGUCAACUUACAGCAGCACUUUGCCCGAAGAUGUAGAAAUCGGCACGUUAGUAACGAAGGUACACGCUACGGACGACGAUAUCGGUAUUAAUCGGAAGAUUCGAUAUGAAUUUAUUGAUUCAGCGGAUGGUCACUUUCUCAUCGCAGCUGACAGUGGAAUAGUCACGUUGGCUAAACCAUUGGAUAGAGAAACGAAGGCCAUGUACAAUGUUACUAUUCAGGCGCUUGAUCAGGGCACUCCUCAGCUAAUGGGGGUCGCAUCUCUCAUCGUUAACGUGCAAGACAUCAAUGAUAAUCCACCGGAAUUCGCUUCUAAACUCUACUUCGCGAAAGUACCUGAGAUCUACGCGGUUGGUACCGAAGUGGCACGAGUGCUCGCCACCUCAAAGGACACAGGAGUGAAUGCUGAUAUAUAUUACUCAAUUGUCGGUGGUAAUGAGCAUAAGAAAUUCCAAAUAGACGCCAAGACGGGUGUUUUAACCAUCGCCGAACAGUUGGACUAUGAACGAGCUCGUGAUUAUUUCCUCACUAUCCAAGCUAUUGAUGGAGGCAUUCCGCCGCUGAGCAAUCACGCUACUGUCAAUAUUACCGUCACCGAUAGCAAUGAUAACGCACCGAUUUUCAGCGAAGUUUCAUACAGAGCCUUUGUGAGAGAAGAUGCAAAAACGGGAGAAAAAGUUACGCAAGUUUACGCAAACGAUUUAGAUAGCGAGGAAAAUGGCAAUGUGUCGUAUUAUAUAGAACGUGGCGACAGACAGAAGCAAUUCUCCAUUGAUAGAAAAACUGGACAGAUAGCUGUCACCACGCUAUUGGAUCGAGAAGAAAUUGCAAGUUAUGUGUUAGAAGUUCAUGCACGUGAUAAUGGUAUACCGAUGCUCUCGAGCUUCGUGAUGGUGAACAUCGAAGUUCUGGAUGCGAAUGAUAAUCCGCCGUUAUUUUCUUUGUCAAAUUACACAGCUGUUGUACAGGAAGACAAACCGCUCGGUCAUACGGUUUUACAAUUUAUAGUCACAGACGCGGACAUUGAACCAAAUGCUGACCCGUACACUUUUGAUUUUCGUUCCGGAAACGAGGGCGAUGCAUUUCGGCUAGAGCAGGACGGUACUCUGCGAACAGCAACGAAAUUUAACAACAGAGUAAAAGAUAAAUAUGUGCUACAUGUUCGGGUAUUCGAUAACGGCAGUCCCCCAUUAUACUCGGACGCGUGGGUUGUAAUCAAGGUGAUUGAGGAAUCGCAAUAUCCACCAGUAAUCACGCCUCUCGAAGUGAUUAUCAAUUCUUACAUGGACGAGUAUCCCGGUGGUAUUAUUGGGAAAGUCCACGCAACCGAUCAAGAUCAGUAUGAUACGCUUCUUUUCAAUUUGAUACCAUCCUCGCCGAUUCCAAGCACCGAUCUCUUCCAGAUAGAUAAGAUUGAUGGUACAUUAGUGGCUCUGCCCAGACUUGACGUAGGCGAGUACAGGAUAAACAUUAGCGUGACGGAUGGCAAGUUCCAUUCGUACUCUGUCGUAAAAGUUAACGUCGAUCUAGUGACCGACAAAAUGCUCGAGAGUUCGGUAAUCGUGAGAUUUCGAGAAGUCAGCCCAGAGGAUUUCAUGCUAAGUCAUCGCAAGGGUUUCGUCAGAACUGUUCGUAACGCGAUGAAUUGCCGUCUUAAAGAUAUCGUCAUUAUCAGCGUGCAGCCGUCAACUGAUGAGGCGAACUUAAUCAAGUCGCGGGCGAUUCGCCAAGCAGUACACAAUGAUCUCGAUCUUCUAUUUGCUGUGAAGAAAGCGGCGAGUUCCGCGGGUUCAUCAGGUUUCUAUGCAUCAGAGAGCAUACGCGAGGCAUUGAAUCAACACGUGGAGGAACUGGAGGAAUCAACGAAGUUAGUCGUCGAAGAGAUCGUUCGGUUCAAGUGCAACAAAGGUUACUGCUUUUACGGUGACUGCCAAGAUAAAAUUACUCUCGAUCCUACGCAAAUAACGCCCGUGUCUACUGAUGUGAUGAGCUUCGUGUCACCGCGACACAAACAUAAAAUGGAAUGUAAUUGCAAAGAAGGAUAUGCCGGCAAUCACUGUGAAGUGGUAGUCAACGAAUGUGCCAGGGACCCCUGUCCUCUGUUCAAAGUUUGUGUACCAGAUUCCUCCAUUCAAGGAUAUUCGUGCCAGUGUCCUGAAGGAUAUGCGGGUCAGACUUGCGACAUAGAUAUUUCCAAGUGCCACGAUGAGUCGUGUUACAUUCCGCGAAAUCCCAUAUCUUUCAGCGGCAAGAGUUAUGCGCGCUACAAGAUCGACAAAGCACUAAUACGGCAAACGAUCGAAGAUCGUCUUAGCUUAUCCUUGAGGAUCAGAACGAUGCAGCCUACUGGCAACCUCAUGUACGCAGCCGGCAAAGUGGACUAUAAUAUUCUGGAGAUCGUUAAUGGCGUGAUGCAAUACAAAUUCGAUCUGGGCAGCGGCGAGGGAUUAGUUAGAGUGAGCAGUGUGUAUGUGAGUGAUGGACAAUGGCACGAAAUUCAGCUGGAGCGAGAAAGCAACAGCGCCCGACUGACUGUAGAUGGAAAACACAUUGCUCAUGGUUCGGCGCCUGGUAUCAAUGACAUUCUAAAUUUGCAAUCGGACGAUUUAUAUUUAGGCGCUGAAGUGAGACAACAUCCAUCGAUUAUCGGCUUCGAAGAUGUACAGCGCGGUUUCAUUGGCUGUAUGGACGACGUUAGGAUCGCUCGAGUAUCUGUGCCAUUGCACAUGAGCGGUGCUAGCAGCGUGGCGAUCCUCAAGCGAUUUGCCAAUGUUGAGUUUAGUUGCGACACGGCGAUCAUCCUAGUACCGCCGGGUGUCUGCGGUUCACAGCCGUGCCAGAAUGGUGGUACUUGCAAGGACAUGGGCAGCGACAACUAUGAAUGUCAGUGUCACAGCCGAUUCGCCGGUUUAGCUUGCGAGAUCGAUACAGAUCCGUGCGCCUCAUCGCCUUGUCUCUACGGCGGCCGUUGCAAGAUCGUGCCGGAAAGCGGUGAUUACGUCUGCGAAUGCGUCGGGCCAAGUCUGAGUGGCAAACGUUGCGAAUUUGGUAGAUACUGCAGCCCGAAUCCGUGCAGUCAUGGCGGCGUGUGCGAGGAGGGAAACAAUGGUCCGAUUUGCAAGUGCCAGGGCUUCACAGGCGAUCGCUGUGAAACCGACGUAAAUGAAUGCGACGCAAGUCCGUGCACGAAUGGUGGCACCUGCGUGAACGAGAUCGGUACGUACAGAUGCAUCUGCCCACCGAAUAUGACUGGCUUGAAUUGCGGCAAUCCAGCCUUCUCUACGCCCAUCAUAUCCAGCCACUUAAACAUUCCAUGGGAGUAUCUCAUGUGGAUUGGCAUCGCGGUGUUGCUCAACAUCCUGCUUAUUAUCAUAUUCGUCGCUUUCUGGCGGAUGCGGACGAAGAGAACCAGAACACGUACCAACAACAUUAACAAUGAGACACGGAAACAAAUGGUCUUGAAUUCUGCGAGGCCAAAUGAGCACGAGUUCAAACGCAGUUCAAAACUGAGCAAUCUGGAAGUCAUACAGAGAGAACCUCCCCAAUGUCCUCCCAGACCCGCCUCCUAUACUCCAAGCUCGAACAACGAGCCUGCCACGUAUGGUAACUCGGCAGCGGUGGCUCUAAAUAACUUGGACACCCUGCGCAGCUACGGUAGCGCGGGCGAUGAACUAGAGAACUUUCCGCCUGAUUAUCUACGGAACUUGAAUCGCAGCACUCCUAUACCACCCCCGUCCCUGACCCUUGCUAACCCGGUCGGCGGAAAUGCAACUGGCAGCGACACGGAUAGUCUACAUAAGCCCACCUGGCAGGAGCAGAUGCAGCUAGCUUCCUUCAUAACCGACACUACCAAAAUCAAGAAUGACCUGAAACGAGCGAGCCCAGUGGUACCAGAGCUGACCACUGGAGGACUUCUACUAAACUCUUCUCGACGGACGUCUCAUGCGGUUGGGUCUUCCGUCACCUCCGUCACGUCCAUCGAGGAUGAUCCUCGCAUCGUCGGUGGGUAUCACUGGGACUGCUCAGACUGGGUUAGGCCGAGUCAGAAUCCCUUGCCCAACAUCACGGAGGUACCUGGCAGCGAAGUCCCAGACUCGUCCAGUUUCCAUAGCAAUGAGAGUAAUGAGUCUAAUACUCAUCAACUACCAUUGAUACAUGGUCCAAUAGAUCCAACGAGGGACAUUGAGACGCUAAACGAAGAUCAAGAAUCGGAAUAUGUCGGUGAUUCCGAAUGCGGGACUGAGUUUUCAGAGCAAUAUCAUUGUGCGGAGACGCAGCGUCUGAAUCCUCUCGAUAGCGGCGGUGAGGGAGAGUACAAAUAUAAGAGUUCUGAGAGCUAUCUGCGUCACCCAAACUCAUAUCUGCCGCAUUACAAUAUUCACACCGACACCGAAAACGAGACGAAUCCGCUAAAUGGCCGUCUCAGCACUCUCGAGUCCGACGAGGAAGAAGAAGAUGACGUAGUGCCUUAUGGUUUUCCGAGCACCCGCCGUAACCGAUGCCACAAGGUGAUCGAAGAAGACGAGAUUGGAUCCGUCAUCACCACAUUGGAGGAAAGAAACUCGCUUUUGGGCGGCGCCACCAGCAACAGCGAUCUCUCCACAAAUCUAUGCGAGAUCGACGAUUCCGAGUACGAGAUCACGGAUCAGAAGAACAACGGACGCUUGUGGCUGUCGGGGAAUGGCAUCACGCAGACCUCUGUGUGACGAACGGUGGUGCCGAAGUACGCGGAUAGACCGAAGCGUGCGAAAGCGUGUUUCUCCGUGCUUCUACGAUUGAGACGCGUGGAUAUCUGUGAAUAUGCAAUUUUGUACAUAGAGUGUUAUAUCGUCAUAGAGAAGUAAGACAGUCUGUACA